AUGUCGAGGGGAUUUGGGUUUAUCAUGUUCAACAACGAGCAGGUGAUGAGGUACGUGAUCAAGGCCAUGAACGGCAAGGAGCUCGAUGGUCGGGAUAUCAGCGUGAAUGAGGUGCACUCCCGCGCGGCGACAAUGGUAGGUCGCGUCGUGAUGCCUACGACAGUGGGUAUGGUGGCAGCAGUGGCGCUGGUUAUGACCGACAUGAGGGUGGGUGUCGCGGCGAGUACGGAGAAGUGGCGGCGCAGCGGUAGUGAAAAUUCCGUCCUCUAUGUGUGUGCAGUGUGUGCGUGUGUGUGUGGGGAGGGAGGGAGGGGGCGAAGAACGUGA